AUUUUCAUUGGCGCGAAAUAUCGCUAGCCAAAUUCCCUAGAAAGCAAAUUUCUUAUUGGAUCGCUCUAACUAGUCGUAAUCGAAUUCGGAAUAACAAGUUUAUGAAUAGAUAACCUAUAAUUCAGAAUUAUAUAUAUAAAUAUAAUGAUAAAUUAAAUAACGUAGUGUUAAAUAAGUAACGUAGAUUUUAAAGACAUUGCACUUAUAUAAUAUUUAUUGCAAUAAAAAUGUAUUGCAUCUCUUAUCUGUAAGAAUUUUCAUGCUUCAAUGUACACGUACAUCAAGAAAAUUUUGUUAUAAUCUGUACUGUUUGACAUUUGUGUCUAUCAUUUCGAGCGUUUUAUGAAAAGAAGUUUUUGAGAAGAGAAAUGUUCAACAUACGGUUUUUCAAAUCGGUGACAGUGUAACAUAAAGUAACAUCUACAUCUAGCGCACAUAAUAUCUCGUAUAAAUUCAUAGAAAUACAUACUGGAUAUUAUUUGGACUUUUGUCAAGUGAUUAUGUGUAAUGUAAUGCAAUAAUAAAGAUUCCAUAGAAAAGAAUGCUUACUUUGCAUAAUCGCAGGCAGAAUCGCAAGAUUGCAAGAUAUAAUCACUUUGUUCGUAAAAAGGUGACCAUUAAUUAUACAUUUUUUUUAUCACUUGAGACAUAUCGCAAUUAUGGAGAUAUUAAACGCUAAAGAUGUCAGUGAACCACUCGCUUCUCUUUCCACAAAGUGUCACGAGAAUUCCAUACUGGUUUCGUGCAAUUGGCAGAUUACUAAUAAUAAGCAAUUCAUUGAUGUUAUUACCACUGCGUCGUUACAGCAUCCACCUGCAAAAAUAAACUGUGAAGAUGUAGCUUUUCUGGAUACCUGUAUUGCUCUGCAGUCAUCAAACUUUGACCCAUGUACAUUGGACAUCAAGGUAACGAGCUGUCAGAAAAUAGCACGCAUUGCUAUUGUUUCCGAGAGCAAUGUUCUAGAAAUCUUCAAACAAUAUGGAGAAUAUGAAACAACAAUAUUCGCCGAGUUUAUAGACGAGUAUGAAGAUAAUACUGUUUACCUUGGAGAAACAAUGAUACAACCUCCUACAACAGAAGCUAGUAUUAAGUUUAUCAGAACAAAAAAUAAAAGCUCUACCAUGUGGGUAUAUGGUAUAAGACUGUUUUUGAUAGAUUCUAUAAAAGAGGCAAAACCCAGUGCCUUCAACCCUGACAUUAUUCAGACCUUUCUCAGUAAUCGCAACAGUAAAAUGAGUCCAGGAGCAGAAAUGGCAAUGAAAGUAUUUGGAUAUUAUAAUAAACAAGAAAUUGUGAAUAAGGAGCAGUUUUGUCAAAAUAAUUUGGAAAACCUUGCUCCAAAUUCACAAUAUUCCGAAUGUAAAAAUGGAAUUGGAAGAAGAGAUAAUGAAAAAGAAUGUUCAAAUUAUGAAGAUAAUUAUGAAAAGUCAGAUUCUGUCGAAUGCAAAAGUGAAACUGAAAGGAAAGACAAUGAAGACUGUCCAAAUUGUGAAGAAGAUAAUAAAAAAUUAGAUAUGGAUAUCAGAUCUUGUACCAAUAGUGAAAGAGAGUCUAAAGAGGCAAAAUCAAGUGCCUUUAAUUAUAAAGACUUUAUUCAGACUUUUCUCAGUAAUGUCAAUGGCAAUAUGAGUCAAGAGGCUGAUAUGGUAAUGAGAAUGCAUAGACAUUAUAAUAAUAAACAGAAAAUUAAUAUGAACAAUGAGUUUUACCAGGGAAAUUUAAAAACUCUUGCUUCAAACUCAGAGUAUCUUGAAUAUAAAAAUAAGAAUGGAAGAGAAAAUAGUGAAAAGGAAUGUUCAAAUCAUGAGAAUGAGCAUGAAAAGUUAAAUUCUUUCGGAAGUAGAACCAGGAAUGUAGAACAAGCCAAUAAAAAAGACUAUUCAAACUGUAGUGAAGAUAGUAAACAAUCUGACAUCAAAACUUAUAUCGAUAAUAAAUUUUAUGAUAUAGAGAAUAAACUAAUGGAAAGGCUAAAUCAGAUAGAGGUUAGUACUAAUCAGAAAUUAGAUGCUAUUUUGGAAAGACUUGAAGCAUUGAAAUUAAAAUAAUUGUUUUUUGUUAGGAUUAAUUUUUGAUAUUUAAUAAAACAAGACACACACAUACUCAAGUAGAAUUAUAACAGAAAAGUAAUAUAUCUAAUAAUUAA